AUGUCGAACCGGUACGGCGGCAGUGGCGGUAGUGGCUACCGCAACGGUAACGGCUACGGCAACUUUGGCCGGUGGGAAGAAGACUAUGACCCGUACGGCAAUGGCUACAACGGCAACGACAGAGGCGACAGGGGCGACAGAGGUGACAGAAGCGACAGAGGUGACCGGUACGCCGUAGGCCCCCUGCCGACGAACACGAAUGCCCGAUCACCAUCUUCUCUUCGAAGUGGCGGACCGCCGCCCGUCCGCACCCGAGAACGCGCCCAGGAGACGAGCGCCGAACGGCAGAUCGUCCAGGUCCUCGAGCAUAUCAAACUGGAGUGGCCGUCUAUGUGUCAAACGGACUGCGUGCCCGUUCAGCUUGCUCUACAGCUCCUAGACACCAGCUCCGUCGGCCGCGCCCACGAGUACGACAAGUUCAGACAGACUCACGACUUCUUGCAGAGCUCUCUCAAGGGUAUCGUUCAUGAGCACCAUCAGGGCUUCAACAGUUCCAUCGGAACCUUCCACAAGAUCCAGGGCAGCAUACAGGCGUCGCAGAAGCGAGUGCGAGCGCUCAAGGACUCCCUGUUGGCCUCCAAAGUGAGCCUUUGCACAUCGGAUCCCGAACUCAAAAAGCUCUCGGCCACAUCACAGGCUUACGAUGAGCUUCUUACAUCCCUGAAUGAACUGGAAGAGCUGCGCCUCGUGCCGGACCAGCUGGAAGCACGCAUAUCCGAGAAGCGGUUUCUGAGUGCGGUCGAGGUGUUGCAGAAUGCGCUGCGCAAGCUGAGGAAACCGGAGUUGGAUGAGAUCGGCGCAUUGAGCGACCUGCGGAGCUAUCUUGCCAAUCAAGACACGGCUCUCAUGGAUAUUCUCGUCGAGGAACUUCACGAACACCUAUAUCUCAAGUCGCCGUACUGCCAGGAGCGGUGGCAGAACCUGGCCAAGACCCAAGGCGCAUUCAAAGAGGGCAACUAUGAAUCAAUCACCGUCACCCCCUUCCACCAAGCACUGGACGCCAUGGACUUCGAAGGGACAGUGGCUGAGGAUCCAGCCAAGAACCCAGAGGCCGACACAUUCUCCUACAUCGCUCUGCUGGUGGAGUCCCUGAACAAACUGGGCAGAUUGGAGAUGGCUGUCGACACUCUCAAGCAGAGACUGCCUGUCGAGCUGUUUACCAUUGUCAACGAGACGCUUAGGGAGGUCGACCAACGGCACCCUAGCUCAUUGCGCGGCGGCUCGACUAACACCCAAGGACUACAUAUCUAUGGCAACCGGGAGACGCAGAUGAGGGCGGAUGUCAUCUACGAUCUGCUGUGGACGUUGUUUGGCAAAUUUGAAGCAAUUGCUGAGGGACACCGCGUAUUCCACGAGUCGAUCAAGGCGCUCAUCCGGCGGGAGGGUGCUGGAAACAACAGCGCGUUGCUGGGAAGCUUCAAGGAGCUGUGGAACCUCUAUCAAAACGAGAUCCGCUCCCUCCUGCACAACUAUGUUACAACAGAUGCCGAUGUGUACCAGUUCAGCACAUCACCGACUCUGGGUGCGAAUAAUGGCAAGAAGGACGCUGUUCGGGAACAUCUAUUCAAGUUUGCCGAGGGUGAUCCGAAGGCUGUGGACAUGACUACGGAGUAUGAAGCCUUGGAGAGCAUCAUUCGGGCUGCUGUUCCUGGUCUGACGGAUACGUCUCGCAAGUCUGGCGCUGACAAGAAGCGGCCGGGGCUUGAUACUGGCAACACCAAGAGGGGGGGUUUGGCGGGUUGGGAGAACAAACAGACGACCGGCACAUACAGGUCGAUCGUCGAGCCCAGUGUCUUUAACAUGAGCUUGCUUCUGCCGCCUACGCUCGUCUUCCUCCAGCGGUUGAAAAUGAUUGUGCCUCCAGGCUCGGACCUCGCAACCAGCACACUGACAUCUUUCUUGGAUAACUUUCUGGUCAACGUGUUCCAGCCUCAGCUGGACGAGACUCUGGGCAAGCUGAGCGACACCAUCUUUGGCGAAGCUGACACAUUCUUGCAAGAUCAGGAAUGGGCACAGGUUGCCAAGCGGCCCGUCUUCAAGGGCACAACCGCCUUCUUUGCUAUUGUCACUGCUUUUUGCCGCAUGCUUGGCACUAUUCCCCACGACCAGGCCCUGAGCACACUCAUCAUCACCCAGAUGAUGAGGUACUACGACCGCUGCUUCGGGUGGUACAAGUCACUCGUGAGCAAGACUCAGGCGCAGGCGGGUGAGCCCACGAAGCUGCGCAUGUCAGCGGCAAUGACUCUGGAAGAGGGCGAUGUUCAAGAGACCAUAAAGCAGCUGUGGACCUCCGAACCCCUGGACCGCGAGCUCUUGGAGAAGGAAGUCGGUCUGCUCAUUGUCCAGACAAACGAGAAGCGCAUGGACAUGGCAGACAUCAUUCAGGACAAAGACACCAUCUCGUCUCUCUGUCUCUUGUACACCAGUAUGAAGUGGCUCGCGGUCAAGAUUGCAAGCCUCCGUCACAUAACCCGCAAUGAAGCGGACUCCUCAAGGCCACAGCUGAACCGGGGGUCGAACAAGAGGUGGACGCUCAUGAACGACCCCAACAAAGCCACCAGUGAAGAUGGACCUGUGUAUCUCCCUAUGACGCGGGAGACUGUCCAGGCUUUCGACGGCAUCGUCACCUCCUUCGAAGAGCUCGCGGCCACCGCCCUCCUAACCCUCCACAUGGAGAUCCGCUGCGAGAUCAUCUACUCCCUCCGCACCGCCCUCUCCACAGACACGGCCCCGUACCUCCUCGAUCAGGAAGUCACCGAGCCGGACCCGCAGAUACUGACCCUCAACUCGGAUCUCGUCCUCUACGACGAGACCAUAGCACGGUACCUCCGCGCCAAGGAGACGGCCUUCAUCCGCACCGGCCUGGGCCUGCUGAUCAACGCCUACCUCGUUACCAAUGCGGCCUUCGUUUCGCCCAUGAACGCAAAGGGCUGCGGCCGCAUGCAGCUCAACAUCCUCGUACUGCAGCAGAACCUCAAAAACGUGGAGGAGGGCGUCGACCUCGCGCGCGCGGCAAACUACUUUGCCCUCUUCGAUAAGGGGCCCGACGCUAUCGUCGACAAGGCCCGCGAAGACAAGGACAAGGACGAGCACGCCGACCGGUCCGACACGUUCAACUACGAGGAGCUGCGCACCCUGCUGGAGCUGUGCUUCAGUGAACAGCUCGCGAACCCGGAGCGCGGGAUCGCGAGCGCCGCCAAGAGGCAGAUGGCGGACAAGAUGCUCGGCCUCAGCGAGCACAUGUGGCAGACGUAG